GAAGCCGGAACAGCGCAGCCGCGGCUCGAGAGCUUCCCCGCUAAAGUCUGAGGAAGCGCGUGCGGCUCCCGUCCCGAUUUAGCGCCAUGGUUUUUCACAAAUAAAGUUCAUCAUGUCGUGUUUUGUCGCGGAACCUUUCCAGGCUACUCGUACACCGUACCUGCUCUAGUCGGCAACCUCCUGCUGAAGACACAGGUCAGCAGCUAGGGAAGAAUGGAUAUGCCAGCCCUCAUUUGUGACUCCAGCCUGGAGUCCUGGCAGCACAUUGGCUCUGGAGGGUUUGGCCAGAUCUACAAGGUCAAACACACAGAAUGGAGGAUGGACGUGGUCGUCAAACUGCUGCACGUCAGCUCCAAUUCGUCUCUCCUGAAGGAAGCGCACCUGAUGCGCCAUGGAGGCAAUCCCCAUGUGCUGAGAAUCCUGGGGGUGUAUAAUGGCACUGGUUACCACAUCAGUAGAGAUGGCUUCCCAAAGCAGGGCCUAGUGAUGGAGUUCAUGGAGAGAGGUUCCUUGGCUUCCCUCCUGGAGGUAUUAAAUAAACCUCUACCCCUUCCCUUAACCCUCCGUCUGGCUCAUCAGGUGGCCCUGGGCAUGAACUUCCUCCACUGCCUUUCGCCACCUCUUCUCCACCUUGAUCUCAAGCCCAGCAAUGUGCUCCUGGAUGAUAGCCUUAAUGCCAAGCUCACAGACUUCGGGCUGGCAAAGCUGUUCCAAAGUGUUUCAACAGGUUCCACGACCGACGAAGGUGGAACCAUUAGCUACAUGCCACCCGAGGCCUUUGACAUGUCUUACAAGCCUACCCCAGCCUCUGAUGUCUACAGCUAUUCCAUUCUUCUCUGGUCCAUCAUCACUGGACAGGAGCCCUAUCCCUCCGCUCGCUCCACAAUUGUGCGGUUUCGGGUCCCAGAGGGAGACCGACCCAGCCUUGAAAUGGUGGACCCCAAUUUGGCUGAGCACCUGAAGGACAUGAUCAGCCUCAUGAAAAGAUGCUGGAACAAUGAUCCUAGCAAAAGGCCUUCCUUCCAAGAAUGCCUUCAAGUGACAGAGGCCUUUCAGGAGCGGCACAAGAGUGGUGUAAAAGAUGCUGUCCACCAGGUGCUGACAUUUUUGGACUCUCCAGAGAUUGAACUGGGGAAACGCCUUGAUGCCCUCAACAUCAUAGACCCUACGCAGUUAUAUAAUGCUGGAUCCAACAAGGCAUCAACAACCCCUGAACCCAUGAGGAGUGACCUGUACCCCACACAGAAAAGAUCUGGUGACCCUACCUCCAAAUCCAAAGCACUUCCUCCAGCAAGAACAUUGUCUAUGGAUCCUUGCAUAGUUUACAACCAGAUGCCUCCAGCUAGUAGCCCUGCAGGACCUUGGCAGCAGAGUGUUAUCAACCAAGCAGCUGUUCCUGUGUACUGUCAAGGGCCUGGAGUCUCCAUUUUCAUGUCCAACGUCACUGGGCUGCAAAUAGGCAAUAAUAACAAGAUGACCAUCCAGCGCUCUCGCAUCAGACACUGCACAGCUCCCGAUGCCAUCAGCCAGUCAUCACCAAAGAACAGCGGGGCUAAUGGAGACAGAAGUGCUCCAGGCACCUAAGACUCCUAUACUGGGAGGGCACUCAUAAUGGAGACUCUUCUGCUAUCAUUUCACCAAAAAUCCUGUCUUUUCUCUAUGGUUAUUGGGUUUCCUUGACAACAGCUCUUAGAGAGGGAUUCAUGUUCAGGUACUAGCUUGUGGAAAUUUGGGGGGGUCGAUAAUGAUUGGAGGACAGACAUCUGACAAAUCAGGGAAAUAGAAGGAGCAAUUAUAUAUUUUUUUAAUAAUAGUGAACAAAUGUUUGGUUGUCUUUUUUGUUAUGAUUGUGAAAAUCAAACAGCAGUUUGUGCUCUUCAUUAUGUACCCUGUAUCGACAUAAACUCCGCAUUACUAUGUUAUAGUAGUGUUUUAAACUGGGGAGGUAACAUGGAAACACUGGUAGUGUUUGGUUUUUUUAUUGUAGUCAGCUGGUGACGUUCAUUUAGUAGGGUACCUCGUUUGCUGCUGAGCCAUGUUACUAAAAACAUGGUCAGUUUGCAUAAGUCAUAUGCACAAUAUGAAAACGUUAUGACAAGUGUUACCAGUAUACAGUGUAUACCGGUGCCAGUGUUACCAGUAUACCAGUAUACAGUGCCUUACUGAGACCAUGAUAUUUGAAACCAACAGUCACAUCCCAGACCCUCAGAGAACUACAUUUCAGUGAGUUAUUUAACAUUAAAAAUGGCAAAAAGUCUAUUUUCAUGUUUUUUCUAUGAUUAUAUUGUGUUUCUUGCAGGAUAUCCUGUAGCUGGAAUAGGAAUAGUGCAUAUCUGACAGUACUGUGUGUUUUCUUCAGGGCUGAGACACACAUUUGGCAUUGCCUCCUGCUAUAGCAGUGUGUGUGUUUUAAUGAUUCAAAGAGCUACCAUAAUGUACAAAGAGCAUCGUAAAAUAUUCAAAUGACUGGAUAAGGAGCAAUAAUUCUGUGUCAGUGGUUUGUGUCAGAAAUGUGUCCCCUUCCCCUUGUAUGUUAGAUCAUGUAUUUGUAGAUGGCUUUGUCUUUUAUCCAUAUUUGUUUUAAUUUGUCAUUGAACUGUAUUGCAGUUGGUUCAGUGUUUUCUGUCGUUCCGUGAAGAGUGCUGUAAAAAAUACAUUGAGGUCAGAAUUGAGUUGAGUUUGAUGUUGAACUGCAGGCCUGAUGGUCAUGUAGUGGUUAGAUCUGCUACCUUUUGUCCCAAAGGUUGCAGGUUCAAAUGCCCAUUCCGA